AUGGCGGAGACGAAAGGCAAAGCCCCAGCUGGCCCGAGCCCACGCGAAACACCCCUGGAGAAACUUUUCCGCAGCCUGCCCAACGUCGACGCCUCACACAUCGGCGGCAACCUCUCCGCCGCAGACAAGCAGCUCGACGCAAACAAGUUCUUCUUCUUCAUCGCCGGCACGGGCGGAGCGCCGAACAAGCAGCCUUUCGCGGGCAGCAUUGGCGCGCGACUGAAGAUUGUGGAGAUGAACAUAACGGAAGAGCCGCCCAGCGCGGACCAGACGAUGGAAAUCGAAGUAACUCAAGAUAUGUGCAAUGCCUUCGGAAAUAUGCACGGGGCAUGUGGCGCGUUUCUAUUAGGCCAUGCCGCCAUGGGGGCGAUAGUGCAGCUUGGCCACGCGAAGGGCUACGACAACGGAAGCCUCGUCGCAACCGCACAAAACCUGCAAAACAUGAACUGGCACACUCCGGCCAACAUCGGAGAAGUGCUCACAAUCCGCGCCGAAACUGUCUUUGUCGACAACAAGAACCGCGGCCCGCGCCUGGCCAGCUGCGAAAUCCGAGAGAAGAACUCUGGGCGGCUGAUUCUCACAGGUACGGUUGGCGGGGUACCAAGUAUGCACAAGAGCAAUACGAAGGGCGGGGCGAAGCUGUAA